AAAUGGGGUUGACCGCCACACAAUCGAAAUCCCUUUUUAUGGUCGAGAGCCCAUUUUCAAUUGUGGUGCAUUCUCGUGAGAGGAUUCUUUUUUUGUUGAAAAAACAACAACAACAACAACAACUUAAGAUUCUUACCUAUUGUAGAAGCAUUCAAUGAUUCUUUAAUUAAUUAGUUUGUUUUUAACAGUUGGUUUCUUCCAUUCCAUGCCAAUUGCCAUGGAUUUUCAGAAGAGGAGAGUUCGGUUUCUUCUAUCUGUAUCUGCCAUCAUUGUUCUUAGCAUCACAGCUGAAAAAUGCAGGGAGCUUGUUGGCGAGAACGCGUCAUCCAAAAGUGGGAAGUUUACAUUAUUAAAUUGCUUUGAUUUGGGCUCUGGAAGUUUAGCAUGUGGGGUUAAAGAAAGUGUGAAGCUCUAUGUUAACAAUAUUAGAUCUGCUCAUGUUGAAAAAGCAAGACAUGAUGCAAUCCAAUCUGCUCUUGUUGAUGCUGCUUCACAGGGUAUGUCGCCAAUUGUUUCAGAAAAACAUGCGCAGAAACAAGGUAAAAAAGCGGCGAAAUUGGCUACCCGUAAGGCCAACCGCAUCACAGGUCCCAUCAUCUCUUCCGGCUGGGACUUUUUUGAAGCUGUUUACUAUGGUGGUACCUUUACAGAGGGAUUCCUUAGAGGAACUGGUACGUUGUUUGGGACUUACGGUGUCGGCUUUGUGGGGGAGCAAAGGCUUGGAAGAUUUGGUUAUCUUGUUGGAAGUCAAUUGGGAAGUUGGAUUGGAGGUAGAAUAGGACUCAUGGUAUAUGACGUGGCUAAUGGAGUGCAUUUCAUGUUGCAGUAUGGAAGUAAAAUUCAAGAAACAUAAGCUCACACUGUCAAGAAAAUUCUUAAACUUUAAGUUCUUUUCUUUUCCUUUCCAUGAAAUUCCUGUUUAUGACAGCUCUAGAGGUUCCAUUCUUUGUAGAUUAUGAAUAUAUCUAUUAACGGCAAGAAAACAUAUAAAGAUUCUAAAAUGAUAUGAAAUACAAAAGUUUAUACCAAUAUUGUUAUUCUUUUCACAUUA